AUGGAUUAUUAUAAAGAAGCAAAUUUCUAAAAAUAAUUUCCUAAAUUAAAAUAAUCAUAGUAUUUAUUUUAAUCUUAAAAUAGCCUUUUAUUAGACAAAGAAUAUUAAAAAUCUUAAUAAUAAAAUUAUAAUUUAAUUUAAAGUAAUAUUGAAAAUAAAUAGGAGAAAGUUAAAAAUAAUAAUUUUUCAGAUAAAAAUAAAUUUAAAACCUAAGGCACCAAAAAAAUAAAUAGAAAUGAAGUAGAUUUAGAUUUAUAGUAACCAUAAUCAAGUGGAAGGAGUUCUAUAAGAUUUAAGUUAGAAAUAUUUAACAAAAGAUAAAACUAGUUAGAUAACUUAAUACCCUUAAGCUCUUUUGAAUCAAGGUUUACAUCUAAAUCACCAAGAGAAAGCAAUAUUUUUAGUAAAUUGUAAACCGAAAAUGUUUCAAGAUGUGAAUUAAAUGAAAAGUAAACUAAAGUAGUAUUUGAAGAUAAUAAAGUAUCAGAAUAAUUAGAAUCAAAAAUAAAUUAAUAAGAAUAUAUAAAUUUAAAUGAUUAUAAUGUUAACUAAUUAUAAAUAAAUUUAAAAGAAAAGAUUAAAUCUGUUCAAAUUCCUAAAAAAUAAUUUGAUGAUUUUGAAAUUAAAGAUUGA